CUUAUUUUUACACGACGCUUAUUCAUUGGCUGCAAUAGCCGACCAUAUCUUAUCUGAUCAAUCUUAUCGACUCAUCCCCCCGUUCCACCCCCGCAACUUCCCAGUUCCCACCCAAGCAAGCAAGUCAAGUUUUGAUUCUUUGAUUGUUGAUAGAUCGCUGUGAUCACAUGGUCUUUGUAAAACAUUAUAGCUAGAGAAGCUCUGCUUUUCUUUGAACAGUGGAGCCGUCACUCAACAUUCAGAGUCUGCGUUUGGAUCCGCCUGACUUCCCCGCUCUUUGCAUUAAGUCUUCAAGGGUGCACGCUCUGGCUGUUCAAGGGCAAAAAGUAGUCAUCGCCAUCAAUAUACGAAAAAAACACACCGAUCUACGAACUAACCAUGUGGUCGUUGAGCAUCUUCGCUCUCGCCGAGCUCCUCCUCUUCUCCUCCCUCGUCGCAGCACUUCCGCCAUACAUGCGGUUCACCUCCAUGGACAGAGCAGCACAAGUCCCAAUCACCCCCAACGAGAAAGCAGAGCUUCCAAACUUUCAAGAAACAACAGCGAAUUUCCCACAUCCAGCCGACCUCGAUGACUUCGAUGACCUCGACGACGACGACGACGACGACGAUGAUGACCCCAUCCACAAGCCGGAAUAUACCUUCCCGAGCUGGGACACGACCCACCUCCACGCCCGUCGUCUCCUUGCCCUUUCAACCACCGGUGUCCUAUCAACCGUCUACCCAACUAGCUCAUCCGUGCACAAGACGUCGCUGGAAGGAGUCCCCAUCGGCCUCCCAGAUUACAUUGCGGAUUGCGCAAACGACCCAUCGAGCGAACUGACCGAUCUGCUCGGGCCCGGAAACCCGCUGAUCCUCGCGUUGAAUAUCGGCACCACGUUCCGCAAUACGAAGGCUGGCUCCAAUAUUUCUCUAUCUAUCGACUGGUGGCAUCAUCGGCAGGCUCAGGCUGCCGGGGAAAAUGGUGUCUUUGGUGGCGGUGGUGGCGGUGGUGUUGGGCAUGAUGCUCUUCGAACCAGGGCUGAGCUGCCCCGUUUGUCGCUCCUGGGCUCCCUUGUUCCACUGAAGAAUCUGCCGGAUAACACUCGCAUAGCUGCUGAGAAGUGUUUCCUUGCUGCCCACCCUGACGCUGAGUGGUGGUUACCAGGCCACGAUGACACUGCGCAUAGUGGCUAUUGGGCGAAGUUGGUUGUGGAAGAGGCGUUCUGGGUUGGUGGGUUCGGUGACAGGGCUAGGAUUGGGUGGUUGGUUCCUGAUAUCUGGAGGUCGGUGAGGCGGGAUGGGGUGAAUGGAAAACAAGGGUGGAGUGAUGUUAGAUUGCCUGGGGAGUAAAUGGGGGAAUGGCUAUAUUUUUAGUCGAUCUGCCAGAACUGGCUCUAGGGCAUUGUCGAUCUUUUGGGAAACGAGACAAACAAUUCGGAUAAAUAGUUUACUGAUGUAUUAGAUAACUACAGAAUAACCGUUGAGGUAGUCCACUGAGACAACUGUCGUGUUCCCGAAACGCCAGAUGCCCAUACAAAUAGACAUAUACCAAAAAUGAGGCCGUUUAAAUAAUUCAAUUCAUGUCAUGUUCGCUA